GCCAUUUUAGUAUAAACACAUGGUUUAGGCAUGGCGGUGGAUAUGAGAUUGCCUGCGAGAAAACAAGCGUUUCUGCCAGCUAUUCAUUCCAGUUCGGACGGUAAACAUUUGGUAGUUCCGGGUGAUGUUAUCACAUCAGACACAGGGUUUAUGAGAGGCCAUGGAACGUACAUGGACGAUGAGAAACUCACUGCUUCGGUGGCUGGUGAGGUGGAACGAGUCAACAAACUCAUCUGUGUGAGGCCGCUGAAGACGAGGUUCAACGGUGAAGUCGGUGAUGUGGUUGUUGGUCGGAUCACUGAGGUUCAGCAGAAACGCUGGAAAGUGGGAACGAACUCCCGACUGGACUCCGUAUUGCUUCUGUCUUCAGUCAAUCUUCCUGGGGGAGAGUUGAGGAGGCGAUCGGCAGAAGACGAACUUACCAUGAGAGACUAUCUUCAGGAAGGGGACCUCAUUAGUGCAGAGGUACAGUCAGUGUUUUCAGAUGGAGCCCUCUCUCUUCACACACGCAGCUUAAAGUACGGCAAGCUGGGACAGGGGGUACUCGUGCAAGUAUCGCCCUCGCUCAUCAAGAGACAAAAAACUCAUUUCCACAAUCUGACAUGUGGAGCGUCCAUCAUACUAGGGAACAACGGCUAUGUUUGGAUUUACCCCACACCGGGGCACCAAGAUGAAGAGGCAGGAGGGUAUUACACAAGCCUGGAGCCUGUCCCUCUGUCAGACCGGGAAAUCAUUUCUAGACUGAGGAACUGUUUACUGGCUCUGGCAGCUCACAAAGUGAUGCUGUAUGACACCAGCAUACUCUACUGCUAUGAAUCCUCUCUGACACACCAGAUCAAAGACAUCUUGAAACCAGAGAUCGUGGACGAAAUCGUGAUGGAGACACGCCAACGACUUCUUGACCAAGAGGGUUAGGACGCUCGCGGUCAGCAUCAUGAAUAUGAGAAUACGAGUUCUCACACAAAGAUUCGCACCAGUGUUAAGAACAAGUCUUGCCUUUUCAUCAUUCUGAUUAAAAACAAAAAGACUCCAGGACAACAUAAAGUCACCAGUAACACUCUGAUGCUCGCCUGUAAAGGAAUGCGUUUUGUUUUGUUGUUUUUUUCUGUUUUAUUGUAUUUUCUGGUUGUAUUAAAUCUGUGUCACUUCUCUGACAUUAAUUCUGAGAUACAAA